UGACAUCACUUUGCUGAAGUGAAACUCAACUGGAAAACCUGAACAAAAGAGUAAGUCAGUUGUAGAAUCACUGUCCCCUGUUCUCUGCUUGGAAGACAAAAUACUUAGCGUUAUCCUGUCUUAAGAGAAGCUCCAGUUCCAUCCGUCUGGAUGAGUUCACUGACCCAGUCACCUUCUCAUGUGGACACGACUUCUGCAAGGCCUGUAUCAGUGGAUACUGGCAUACCACUGACCUCUGUGAGUGUCCACUGUGUAAAAAUACCUUUGACAGGAGACCUGAUCUCAGCGUAAAUCACUUCCAAAAUGGCUGCUCAGCUCAAGAAGUUGUCUCCAGUUAAAGUCACAACCAUCACCCCAGAAGUUGAACUACACCUCACCAAACCAGGAGUAGUGUCCUGUGAUGUCUGCACUGAGGGUGAGCGCAAGGCCCUGAAGUCUUGCCUGGUGUGUCUGGUCUCUUACUGCGAGACUCACCUGGAGCCUCAUCAGAGAGUGGCAGCCUUGACGAGACACAAGCUGAUCGACCCCACGGACAACCUGGAAGACAAGGUGUGUCAGAGACACAGCAGACCCCUGGAGAUGUUCUGCAGGAGAGACCUGACGUGUGUGUGUCAGAUCUGCACUGAGACAGACCACAAGACUCACAAGACUGUCCCUAUAGAGGAAGAGUGUGGAGAGAGGAAGGCUCAGCUGGAGAAGACUAAGGGGAAAGUGCAGCAGAUGAUCCAGGAACGAAAGCAGAAGAUUCGGGAGAUCAAACACUCAGGGGACCUCAGCAAGAGAGAUACAGAGAAAGGCAUAGCACAUAGUGUGGAGGUCUUCACUGCUCUGGUGCGGUGCAUUGAGAAAAGCCAGGCUGAGCUCAUCGAGGUGAUUGAGAAGAAGCAGAAAGCGGUAGAGAGGCAGGGUGAAGAGUUUAUCAAAGAGUUGGAGCAGGAAAUCACUGAGCUACAGAGAAAAAGCACUGAACUAGAUCAGCUGUCACACACUGAGGACCACCUCCACCUCCUCCAGAGUUCUCCAUCCCUCUGCAGCCUUCCACCUACCAAGAACUGGUCUGAGAUCAGUGUAAACAAGAAUCUGUGUGUGAGUACUGUGAUGAGAGCUGUGUCUGAGCUAGGGAAGACACUCAAUAAAGAGAUGGAGAAGUUGCCUGAAAUCAAGCUGAAGAGAAUCAGGCAGUGUGCAGUAGAUGUGACUUUUGAUCCUGAUACAGCACAUCUCUGGCUUAUUGUGUCUGGUGAUGGGAAACAAGUGAGGUAUGGAGACAGAGCACAGAAACUCCCUGACAACCCAGAGAGGUUUAAUGCUGGCAUCUGUGUCCUGGGAAAGGAGGGUUUCUCCUUAGGGAGAUUCUACUAUGAGGUGCAGGUAAAGGAAAAGACUGAAUGGACUUUAGGAGUGGCAAAAGAAUCCAUCAACAGGAAGGGGUCUUUUACAUUCUCUCCGGGGAAUGGAUUGUGGACUGUGGGGUUUUGGGAUGGGGAGACGUACGAGGCCCACAAUAAGGAAGUUGUCGUUCUAUCCCUGAGAGAGAAGCCCCAGAAGGUAGGGGUGUUUGUGGAUUAUGAGAAGGGAGAGGUCUCCUUUUAUGAUGUGGAAGCCUUGUCACAUAUCUACUCUUUUACUGGCUGCACCUUCACUGAGAAAAUCUAUCCCUUUUAUUAUACACAUGGUAAAAACGAGGCCCCAUUGAUCAUCUGCCCUGUAAGUCACUCUGACUGAGUUUUCACCUUAGGGAUGAAGCAUCACUAAACAUAACCAACAAUCACAAAAAAGAAUAACCAAAACGUAUUUUACAGGGUUUUGAACUUUGAGACCUGAAAGCUUUAACUGUAAUACUAUUGUCAUGACGUUGGCCUGUGGGUAAGGUUUAUGACCCCCCCCAUAAAUACCUUUCUCCCUUCCCCUCUCUUUCUGACCCUACUGAAGGACUGCUGUCCUGAAGGACUGCUGUCCUGUUAAAUAUAGAGAGUCUGGGAACAUCAAACAAAUGGGGAAAGGAACCAUAUUUUGGUAAUAAAACCAGUUGGAAAUAUGCUUUGGAACGUAAUGAGUAUGGAUGUCAGUUCGGUUGUC